CACUUCACACAACCGCAAUAAGCAAACAUGGCGGCGGCCGUCGACAGUGUUGUGAAAGUGCUGGGAGAGCAGUAUUACAGAGAUGCCAUGGAGCAGUGUCAUAGUUACAAUGCUCGAUUGUGCGCUGAGCGCAGCAUCCUCAUGCCUUUCCUGGACUCUCAGACUGGUGUAGCUCAGUCCAACUGUUACAUCUGGAUGGAGAAGAGACACCGGAGUGCAGGUGUAGCACCGGGGCAGCUGUACACCUACCCAGCUCGCCGCUGGAGGAAGAAACGUCGUUCUCAUCCCCCGGAGGACCCCCGCUUGGCUUUCCCCCCUCUCAAAGCAGCAGAUUUGGAGCUGGGUCUGAAGCGUGAUGCGUUGGGAGCGGUGGACGGCAGCAGUCUUGAAGCCCUGCUGAAGGGGGAGCCCCUUGACAGGAGGAGCGGCGUGUCGGACCUCCGCGGCCCUGAAGAUGAGUCAGCAACUGUGGAGCCUCCUGCCACCUCGACGACCACUCACACAUCCUCUGGGCGUGUCCGCAAGAGGGUCCUCGACCAUGAUGACUACUUGGACGACCUGGACGAUGAGGACUUUGAGGACGAGACCCCCAAGAGACGAGGCAAGAGCAAGUCCAAGGGCCGCAGUGACAAGAAUGGCAAGAAAAAACAGGAGGCUGCAGCUGCAGCGCUUGAGGAGAGGGACAAACCUUACGCCUGCGACAUCUGUGGGAAGCGCUACAAGAACCGUCCUGGCCUGAGCUACCACUAUACACACUCUCACCUGGCCGAGGAGGAGGGCGAGGACCGCGAGGAGAUCGAGGCACCACCCACUCCUCGCCAGCCUGAGGAGCAGAAGACAACUAAGAAGGGUCCCAAUGGGCUGGCGAUGCCCAACGAUUACUGUGACUUCUGUCUGGGAGACUCAACUUUAAACCAGAAGACUGGCCAAUCAGAAGAGCUGGUGUCCUGCUCAGAUUGUGGACGCUCAGGCCACCCAACAUGCCUGCAGUUCACACCAGUGAUGAUGGCUGCAGUGAAGACAUACCGCUGGCAGUGCAUUGAGUGCAAGUGCUGCAACGUUUGUGGCACCUCAGAGAAUGACGACCAGCUGCUGUUUUGUGAUGACUGUGACCGAGGCUACCACAUGUACUGUCUAAGUCCCCCCAUGACUGAACCACCAGAGGGGAGCUGGAGCUGCCACCUGUGCCUGGCUCUGCUGAAAGAUAAAGCGUCCAUAUACCAGCAGAACCAGAGCUCCGCCCCUGAGUGACAACAUAGCAACAAGUCCUGCCCCCUCAGUAAAGGAACCCCGUCCCCGUGGAAAUGUCAGACCUCCUCUCAGUCCGGAGCUCCAGGCUCUGUCCAGAUGUAGCUGAGCCAGAUCGCAGAUCAGCUUUAGAAGUCUUAAUAUCAACAGCGUCAGUGGGGGGAUCAGUCAACACGGGGAUCAAACUAUCACUACCAACCUGCCUGCAAAGCCCCCGCGGCCUGCCGUCACACACAUGCAUAUUGUGCGUACAUACAAUAUAGACACACACACACUCUCUCCUGGACUGUUACACACACUAGAUACAGAGACAGAGAGCAUGCAGUAACCACAGUAACUGCUGUCUCCAUGGAAGAUCCCAGGAGCAAACGGAUUAGCAUUACAGCUAAUUAUCUGCACCCUUUCACGCUCGAAGACCGUGUGGACUGUCGAGACAACACAGUUUUUUUUCUGCCAAAUAAUCUAUUUUUCACUCCCUGAAUGUGGGAGAAAGAAAAAAAAUCACCACAUACAUGGUGGAGGAAUAUUAUUAUUAUUAUUAUUAUUAUUAUUAUAGUUAUUACUGUUAUUGUUCUGGUUACUAGUGGACUUUUGUAGUGGCAUUUGUCUGUGUACUUUUGUCUAAUCCAUCAAGUCUUUUCAAAAGGUUUCCCCAAGGGGAGCCAUUCAGUGCCAAGGUCCAACAUCAUAUGAAAUACACACAGCCCAUGGAGCUUAUCAUCAUCACUUCAGCCAUCUUUGUUUCAUUUUAAACCAGUGGGACAAAAAUGGUAUAAAACAAAAGUCUUAAUUUUUUGUCAACAAAAAACUUUGGCUUUGACUCGUUAAGCUGUUAGCACAAAAUCUUUGGCCUUGCUACUUUAGGACUGCACCAAAAUCAACUUUUCAUCUGAUUCUGUUACUAGAACGAUCAGUUACUUGAACCACACGCGAAACAACGGAGCAUAGACUCUUUAAGUUCUCAUGAGACAAAAACAUUUAGUACAGCGUCGGUCUUCAUAUAUUAGUUCUCCAUCAGCUAACGUUCUCUUAUUUUGAAAACCGGUCAUCAAAAGUGGGAUAAUGCUGUUCUCAUUGUUGGAAACUGACUAAUACAUGUAACUACUUAUCAUAAAGGUGCAUCCUUUUGUCUGAGAUGUUUUGUGCUAGCUUUUUAGAAACGCCCUUCACAGGUAAUUUUUAAACAGCUGCUGUCAAAUCGAUGACACACAGAAUCGUUCACGAACUGUAGCUGCUUUUAUCAUUUGUCACACAGACGCAGAUUUGCAUGCAGAUUGCACCUGUAUGAAUGCACACACACUCACACCACAAGUGUUUGUCUUUUUGUUGUAUUUUUUCUUUUUUACAUUUUAUAUUACCUGAUAUUCCAUUGGUACUGGGAAGUUUUUUCUAGUAGAAUUUUGUAAAGUCUAUGGUAUAGCAAACACGUCAAGUAUAUAGCUCCUAAUGCAUUCUAUGUACUGUAUUGACUUUUUCUAUUUUUGUUAUGACUGUGACAUGUUUGAAUUUAUUUGAUUAUUCUGAUAUGUCAAAACCUCCAUUAUGAGUAUUUGUAAAAUGAUGUACUUUGUUGUACUAUUUUUAUUUUUACAUUUCUUUGGUAUCAAAGCCAAUUUAGCCUGACUGAAAUAAAAAUCACUUUGAAUUAA